UCAAGGAUAUGGGCGCUUGAAUCUCUGGGUAUGGUGAGCUGGCAUUGUCAAUCGCGAGAAGCAUCCAUCUCGCUUGGUAUGGUGCAAAACCGUCCACAGAUCCCUCAGAUGGAUAAAAAUGCACACAGACAGACAGACAGACAGGCAGACAGACAGGCAGGAACGACAUGACAUCCAUCGCAGGUAGGAAGGCAGGCAGGCAGUCACACAAAACUGAGCCCAGCAGCCAGUGCACGUGCACGUGCGGCCACAGGGUCAUGGUCAUAUGGUACAUUAUAUAGACUCAUGGAUGGAUGGAUGGAUGGACCCAACGCAACUCGCCGGCAAGGCAACGUCCGUCACACUUUGCUGUCAGGCGAUGUCGACUUGUGGGCGUUCAUGGCGAUCGCCUCGUCGAUCUGCUCCUGCACAACACAACACAACACAACACAACACAACAGACUCUUAAAGCUGUCCCCACAUGGGUGCGAUGACUGCAGUCAGUGUGGCGCAUAGCACCUGAGUGGCCUGUGCUUCCUGAAGCUUCUCCUCCAUCUGUGGGUCGGGGUGCUGCAGAGCCACACACACACACACACACACAUACACACAGAGCCGUGUUGGCUGGGCGAUUGCUGGCCACUCAUCGAUGACUGACUGGUCGUUCGUUCGUUAAGUGAUCUACCUACCUGGUCGAGCCACUCAGGGUAUGGGAUGUCCUUGGCGGAGAGGAACUCGGGAUUGUACUGCUUGUUGGCGUAACGGAACCCUGGUUGGUUGAUGAGAGACAGACAGACAGAUGGGCACAUCCAUGGCCAAUGUGUGUGUGUGUGUUGACUAAGGUGUGUGCCGACCGACGGACGGAGGGACGUACCGGUGUCGCAGAGCACCGUGGCAAUCCGCUUGUUGGGCCCCAGCUUCUCGGCUAACCUGCACACACACACACACACACACACAUUCCUGCAGCUGGACUGACUAACCCAUACAGACACACACAGACCGUGUCUGUGGUGCAGACAGACCUGAUGGCGGCCGCCACAUUAACGCCAGAUGAGAAACCCAUCGGCAGACCCUCCUGCAUGAGGGAAGGACACACUUUCUUUCUUGCGCCUGUGUGUGUAUGUCAGUCAGUUCGGCUCUCUAAUGCGCUCGUGGCUCAAUCGCUGACCGCUUCGAGCAGCUGGAAGGCCAUGGGGACCGACUCAUAGUCGGGGAUCUCGAAGGAGAAGUCCGGACGGAAGCCCUCCAGAUUGGCCGUUACGCGACCCUGACCUGCUCGUAUACAUCAGUAAGUACCGUCAUCAGUAACGACGCCCCACAACAGACACACCCGUCCCGUGUGUGCGCAGUCGGUCACUUCCACCAUUCAUUCUCGCGCAGCGUACCAAUAUUCUCGGUGAUGGAGCUGCCCUCGGCCCUCGCCUCGCCCUGAAUGAACCACAACACACACAACAGAACAGGAGCACUCACACACAACAGGUUGUGCUUGUGCGUGUGUGUAGGUGUGUUGUGUGCGUGUCGAACGGUAGUGUACCGUGGUGUAGUAUCUGUGUAGGACCGCGCCGGGGACGUCAGCGAGGCAGAUCUUGACGCGUGGGUUUUUCUCCUUCAGAUACAUCCCCACCCCCGCCAGAGUGCCCCCCGUGCCAACAGACGACACGAACGCGUCCACACGACCCUCCAUCUGCUCCCUGAGCAAUCCAUGCCACAUCACACCACACCACACCACAGCAGAGGAGAGCAGACAGAAUCUUUGGGUGUGUGUCGGCGGACGAUUUGGCAGCAUACCCACCCACCAUAUCUCUGGCCCGGUGGUCUCGUAGUGCGCCCUCCUGUUGGCCACGUUGUCGAACUGGUUGGCCCAGAAGCCGCCAAUCCUCUCAGCCAAACGACCUGCAGAAAAGGGCGAAUGCCAACACACAAAGACAUUCAGGAAGGUACACUCACUCACUACACGUCACGUGGAUACAGCUGUGUGUGUAGUGAGUGCAUGAGAUGAGUGUACACACCUGAUAAUUUGACAAAGUGGUUGGGGUGCCAGACCUUCUGUGGAGGGACCUCGACGAGCUGAACGCCGAGCUGUCGGAGGAGAUCCUUCUUCUGGGGGCUCUGCGUGUUGGGGAUGACACAGACGGUCUUGUAGAGGCGCGUGAAGCCCAUGAGUGCCAGGCCGAUGGCCGUGUUGCCCGCCGACCCCUCGACGACCGUGUCGACGCCCACGGUCUUGCCCAGCAGCCCCCGCUCCUCACCGUCGCGGAUGAUGUACACGGCCGGCCGGUCCUUGACCGACCCGCCAGGGUUGGCAUACUCGCACUUGCCGUAGAUCUGGCAGCCGCUGAUCAGUGACGCAGUGUUCAGCCGAACCAGCGGCGUGUUGCCGACCAGGCUGGCAAAGUCAGCAAACACGUUGUCCUUGAUAAUCCGCCUGGGCGUGUAUUCCGGCGGCCCCAUCUGGCCCCGCCACUCGGACUCCCGGCGGGUGUGAUGACGGACGGCAAAGCAGCGGGCCUGCAUGCGGUGGCCACUGUGCGUGGUUGCACGGCGAGGAGGGGUGCCGAGAGAUGAAGGGGUGGUGCCCGAUGGGUGAUGCAGCAGACAUGAGGCGCCGCGAGAACCAGAUCUGCACAGACACACACACACACACACACACAUGAGUAGAUCAGCAGAUGACGCAAUCAUUGAGAGCACGGUGUUUUCGUUGUUUGUUUUCUUGAACCGAUAUCCCUCGAGAAAGUCACCUCAUCAUUGGGGUUGGGUGCUGGUGCGCGCGAUGUCUGUCCUCCCGUUUCUCGAUGAGGCGCACGACGAGAGGCUGCACAGAGCGACAGAGCCGACAGAGAGAAGUAUAUCCAUCAAGCAUGUUGCUCACAGAUCUGUGUGCUGCUCACCUUCCUUGAAAGGAGCUCAGUGUGACGGCGAUGACGAGGCGCAGAUGAGCUCAGUCAGCAUCGACGCAAGCAAAAACACGGGCUUCUCAUGGUGGAGAGAUUAGCUUCCAGGGUUAGGGUUUAGGGCUCAGGGUUCGGGUUGCUGACGAGCUCCCGGGCGCUGGAAUUCACCGCCUUCUUCUGCCCUCCCUUCCCUCUCCAGGCGUGUUCUCGCCGAACCCGAACCCGAAUGCCAUCAUGAUGCCCUAAAUUGAUGGAUAUCUGCUUGCGUUUUUGCUGCUAUCGGCAUUUCUCCCUUGCCAUGGCGUGCGAGUGGCUCCAGGCACCUUCCUGAUCCCCUCCCAGCCCGUCGG